AUGGCAUCUAAUGAGGAAACAAGAAAUGAUAAUAUCAACUCGUUUAUUGAUGAAAUAGAUGAUGAACUUGAGGAGUUCGAUGACUUAGAUAAUAUUGAAACUCAGAUUGACCCUGAUGUUGGAGAAUGGGAUGAAAACUGGGAUGCAACAGGAUGGGAUGAUGAGGAUGUGGAUGAUGAAUUUAUUAAACAACUACAUCAUGAGUUACAAGAGUUUGAAAAAAGGCAAGCUAAUGGAAAUAACUAA